AUUCUAGCUUAUUUUCGGCACAGUUAAACUAAACUGUUGUUACUUUUGGCUGUCGACUUUGUGUGUUAUAAAAGUAAGUAUUGUCGAAAAGGGGUUACAGUAUGUUGUACUAUGCGCUGACAUGCUUGUUAGGAUUACUUAUUACCAGAGGCGAAGGAUACAAAAUUGAAGGAAAAGUAGUUCUACCCCCAGAUGGAAAUAAGCAGUGGGUGAAUGAUAUUCAAGUACUUGUCGAUGGUGGAAAAUAUAGAGGAUAUUUGAGGACCGAUGGAACAUUCACUGUCCACAAUGUUCCUACUGGAUCUUAUGUGGUUGAAGUUUUCACACCAAAAUAUCUUUUUGAACCUCUUCGUGUUGAUGUCUCGAUGAAAGGAAAUCUAAGAGCUCGAAAAGUAAAUCAUUUGAAACCAAGUCAAGUGACAUUGGUUAAAUAUCCAUUAGAAAUGAAACCUGCAACUUUUGCUCAAUACUUUCAAGUACGGGAGAAAUUCAGUAUUUUGGAUUUACUGAAAAGUCCUAUGGUAUUAAUGAUGGUUCUUCCACUUGUUAUGCUUGUGAUCCUGCCUAAGAUGAUGAACACUAAUGAUCCAGAACUCAAGAAAGAAAUGGAACAAUCAAUGAACAUGUUUAACACAAACCAAAGUGGGUUUGAUCUGUCAGAGUCUUUAUCAAACUUCUUCGGAGGCUCAGAUAAGAAAGCAUUAAAAGCAAAAGACAAAUCAGCAGAGGCGAAGAAGAAACGUAAAUAGGCUGUCUGGCCACAUGCUUAAUAGCCUGAACGAGAUGAUUUUUGUUUACAUAUUUUAGACUAGUUCAUCAUACUGCCCUCAUUGGCAGAUUCUUAUUUAUUAUCAUCAAUUAACAAAAAGAGAAAGUUGCAUGAAAUAAAAAUGAAGGGAUGAUAAAA